UGGCUGGAAGAGUACGCGGAGGCAGGAGGCCCUUUCGCGAAGGAAUAAUGCCCCUCUGCAGCUGCCGUAGCCGAGCAGGACGCGUCUUCCGGCCACGUUUCUCUGCCCGCGGAACUAAAGGGAGGAAUUCAGGAUGGCAUAUGUCGCCAGGAGUGAGGCCCCACUGUGCUCCGAGCAGUUCGGCUCCGGGACGGCCCGGGGCUGCCGCGCCGCCGCCGACGGGAGCCUGCAGUGGGAGGCCUGGGGGCGGCGCUGGUGGGGGUUCUCUGGGGCCUUCACAACGAAACCCGGAGGACGAGAUGGGGGCGAAAGGGUGGCUCCCGGGACGGCCGUCCCACCUCUUUCGCGGCUCCUGGCUGUCUUCCUGCCUCAGGGCUUCCCCGAUAGCGUCAGCCCGGACUAUCUGCCCUACCAGCUGUGGGAUUCCGUGCAGGCCUUUGCUUCCAGCCUCUCGGGUUCCCUGGCCACCCACGCAGUCUUGCUGGGCAUAGGGGUAGGGAACGCAAAAGCCUCUGUUUCAGCUGCCACGGCCACCUGGCUCGUGAAAGAUUCAACUGGCAUGCUGGGCCGCAUCAUCUUUGCCUGGUGGAUGGGGAGCAAAAUGGACUGUAAUGCCAAGCAGUGGAGGCUUUUUGCCGACAUCCUCAAUGAUGUAGCCAUGUUCCUGGAGAUUAUGGCUCCCAUAUUCCCCAUCUGUUUCACCAUGACCAUCUGCAUCAGCAACCUGGCCAAGUGCAUUGUGGGCGUGGCUGGUGGGGCCACUCGGGCCGCACUGACCAUGCAUCAGGCCCGGAGAAACAACAUGGCCGACGUGUCAGCCAAGGACGGGAGCCAGGGGAGCCCUCCAGCUCCCAUCCCCUCUGCCAUUUUCCAGGAGACGCUGGUAAGCCUGGCAGGGCUCCUGGUCAGCCUCUUGAUGCUUCCCCUGGUGUCAGAUUGCCCUAGCUUAAGCCUUGGCUGCUUCUUCCUCCUCACUGCCCUCCACAUCUAUGCCAACUACCGGGCAGUCCGGGCCCUUGUCAUAGAGACCUUGAACGAAGGCCGGCUCUGGCUGGUCCUGAAGCACUUCCUUCAGCGGGGAGAGGUACUUGGCCCCGCUUCAGCCAAUCAGAUGGAACCGCUGUGGACAGUGUCUUUGAGCUGCAAAAGCUGGUUGAGGGGCACCAAGAACCCUACCUCCUUCGCUGGGACCUGUCACAAAGUCCUGAGAAAGAGAGCUGUGUCAUCGUCAGGGAGACCCACCAAGUGUUGGACAAGCUAUUUCCAAAGUUCUUGAAAGGUAAUAUCCUUCUGCUUCAUGGCUCCUAGGCCUUCUCCCAGAGGCCCUGCCUACCCCCAUCCCCACCCCUUCACCUAGAGGGUGGAAGACCUGGGUUUCUCUCUGUGAUCUCAAGUCUGGACCUCAGUUUCCCUGUCUGCAGGAUGGGGAGAUUAGGAUGGUCUCUGAGGCGCUGUCAGUGUUGACAGACUAUGAAUCCCAGUUGGCAUUGGAGAAUGGUCGGCGGGGGGCGGGGUAAGGCUCACAAAUUACUGAUGAUGCUCUUUCAUUUAGCACCUACUCCAUUCUGGUCCUUUUUCAUGUGCUGCUCAGUGAAUUCUUGCUACAACCAGAUGAGGUUUUAGGCUCAUUUUAUGCCAGAGAUUACCCAGCAGAGGCAAGGGGAACCUGAGCAGUACACCCAGCCCGUGCUGCUCCUUCCCCCUCCCCAGGGUCAGCCCAGAGUCUCCUCCCCAGCAGUAUCCCUAUGCCCCCUCCCCAGGGGCAGCCCAGAGUCUCCUCCCCAGCAGUAUCCCUAUGCCCUCUCCCCAGGGGCAGCCCAGAGUCUCCUCCCCAGCAGUAUCCCUAUGCGCUAUCCCCAGGGUCAGCCCGGAGUCUCCUCCCCAGCAGUAUCCCUAUGUGCUAUCCCCAGGACUGCAGGAUGCGGGCUGGAGGACUGAGAAUCACCAGCUAGAGGUGGAUGAGUGGAGGGCCACAUGGCUCCUGUGUCCAGAAAAGAAGCUCUUGUGAGCAGCCCAGCCAGAGGCCCAGGUCCCAGGACAGGAGCCUGGAGCAGGGACACUUUGGCCACAGCAGGACCUGGGAAAGGCAGCUUUAUUUUUGCUUAGGGGCACCGGUGUGGCCAUUUGGUCAAGGAAGUGACUACCAAUCAGAUGGACUGGGCCCCAGGCAGAGACAGGUGGAGAGAAGGGGUACCAGGGCCUUCCCCCGCACUCUCCUGCCCCAGGCCCUUCUCACCAUUGCAGGCUCCCCACCCCCACUUGCUGCAAGGCUGUGGCUCAUGGCAUCUGACACAGUUGACCUCAGGCAUAAAAGCCCCAGAGGAAUGUGGCCACGGCCAUCAUGAGCAGGGCAUUGAGGUUGACGACUCGGGCCCAGCUUGGGUCCUCACUGAUGUCCUCCAGUCGCCUGGCUGCGGCAGCCAUCUCCUCCUGGGUAGGGCGUGGGGGACUGCCUGCCCCAGCCCUGCUCAUUCCACAGAACCAGAGCAGGCACUGGCGGAACAGGCCUGGUGCUGGGGACGGGGGCUCUGGGAGAAAUUGCAGCCGUACAGUUAGUCUGCUCCCCCAGCUCCCCUGCCCCAACUCCCCGGGCAGUGCCUUACCCUCCAUCUCCACCGCGUGCUCAGGGCGCCCGUUCUGUACAGGGGCUGAGGUUGGACCUUCUAGCUCCUCAGCAUCCAGGUCCUCGCGCUCCUCCUUGCUGUACCGGAGACUGAAAACCAGGCGGUGGAGCUGGGGAAGGGUGGGAGCAGGGACCAAGUGGGAGUGCUGUUCCCCCACCCCGAACCUGGAGGUCCCCCGUCCACACCAGCACUCCCUCACCUCCCUCUGUCCAGCCUGCACACCUGCCCAGGCUCAGUCCAGGAUGACCUUCCAUGGCUGCCCUUUGCCCUCAGGCUAAACCCAAGCUCCUCAGCUGGGUGUUUAAAGCUCUUGGCCCUGCUCAGCCCUCUGCUUCAUCACCCUGUCUACACUCAUGAUUGUAGUACUUUAGUCUUACAGCCCUGCUAACAGUGUUCCUUCCUGUGGGUGUUCGCUCACAGGGUUCCCUCCUUCUGCCUUUCCCCUUCUCCACCUGUGGGUUCCUGCCCAUCCUUCUGGGCCCAUUUCUUUUGUCCUCCCCCCAGUCAGCUCUGCCCUGGGCCACCUGCCUUGCCACAGCACAAGACCAAACCCUUUUGGGGCUUUCAGGGUAGUACUCUGUCCCUCUCCGCCACCAGUCAGGCCAAGACUCAGGGGGCCUUUAACCUCCCCUACAGUCUUCUUCAAGCCACCUCCAAAGCACCUCAAAUAAAUGUGAUUUAAAUAAAAACAUUGUACUUGCUUUGCAAA